GUUUUUAUACGUACUUGGUAGACAGCUGAGCGGGGCAGGUCGAGGCAGACGGCGCAGCACAGGAUGCCGCCGAGACGGUGCUCAAGCUUCUCAUUGCCCUUUUCGGGCUCAAUUUUCGGCUUUUUCGCGGCCGGCUCGGCAUUUUCCUGCUCUGUCAGCGCCUCCGCAAGGCCAGCACUUGACGACGGGCUCUCCACCUCAGCCAUUUUUAAAUAAACUGCGACGUAAAAGCCCUCGGGUCACGUGACUGCGGCCCCGAGUGCUCAUUGGUUCUGAAAUACUUCCCGGGUGACCGCACAGAUGGCGCCACACGAGCGAAUAACAAAUCGAGUGGAGGGGGAUUUCGCUUCUCUAGCCCAUGUGGUGUUUUGCUUUCUUGUUUGCUUCCAGGCACGUGUUGAAGGAUUUUGGUUAAAUUCGAGUUUUGGAAGAAUUUGGAAAUGGUGAAGGCCGCGGCGAAGAGGAGAGCGGCCCAAACGGCCACGGCUAAAGAGAGACCACAGGUGGAGCUUGUGAAACCGGCGGAAAAGCUCUUCGAAAAGCAAGAGGAUGACGAAGAUUUGCUGGGCAGCAUUGCAUCGGAGGACGAUGACAGUGAGGACAGUAGUGACGAGUACCAAUUGUCCGAGGAAGACGAAGAAGGAGAAAAUAAUGAAGACGAGGGUGGCUCAGAAGAGGUUGAAGAGGAGGAGAGUGGUGAUGAGGAGGAAAGUUCAGAAGGUUCCGAUUCGGAUGCAGGACCGUCCGAGGAACGUCCGGACAAGGAAAUUGAAAAGAAUGACGAGUACGAAAGUGGAGACACAUCAGAUGAGGAGGAUUUGCGGAACACCGUCGGCAAAAUCCCAAUGCACUGGUAUGACGAAUACCCUCUGCUGGGGUAUGAUUGGGAUGGAAAGCCCAUUAUGAAGCCCGAAAGGAGGGAUGAACUGGACAGUUUCCUCAAGAGAAUGGAAGAUCCCAAUUUCUGGAGGACAAUUAGAGACCCUAGCACAGGGCAAGACGUGGUUCUGAGUGGAAAGGACCUGAACCUGGUGAGACGCCUGCAGGAGAGCAGGAUUCCAAACCCGGAACACGAAGAAUAUAAACCCUGGAUCGAGUGGUUCUCAAGCAAAGUGCUGACAACUGCGCUUCGGCCAAUCCCUGAAAGUAAAAAAUCCUUCCUGCCAUCGAGGUCUGAGCGAGAAAAGGUUUCCAAAAUGGUGCACGCCCUGAGGAUGGGCUGGCGAGAGCCACGGGCUGUCCUUGAGGAGCGCCGUGCCAAGGAAAAGGAGGAAGGCCCAAAGUUCUACGAGAUGUGGGGUGCGGAGGGGGAGGAGGAGAAAAAGAAGAGAGGCAUCAUCGACCACAUUCCAGCGCCUAAGAGGACGCUUCCUGGGCACGCCGAGUCCUACAACCCCCCUGCCGAGUACCUCUUCACCGAAAGAGAGUUGGAGCAAUGGAACCGACAGUCGGAGACACCCUGGAAGAGGAAGGUUCACUUCAUUCCGCAGAAGUUCCCCUCACUCAGGGCAGUGCCUGCCUACCCUCGUUAUGUCAAGGAACGAUUCUUGCGCUGUCUGGAUCUCUACAUGGCACCCAGAGCUAGAAAAAAUAAGCUCACCAUUGAAGCGGAAGACCUUUUACCCGAACUGCCCGACCCGAAGGACCUGCAGCCCUUCCCAACAGCCCAAAGUCUUGUCUACACAGGCCACACAGACAUGGUUAGGACGAUCUGCCCCGACCCCAGUGGCCAGUUCUUGGUGUCAGGCUCUGACGAUUGCAGUGCCAGAGUUUGGGAGGUUUCUACUGGUCGUUGUCUGAAGAUCAUCGCUGCCGGGGCUGAAGUGACUUCGGUGUCAUGGAACCCCAGCUCCCAUUUGUCCUUGCUGGCCAUCGCAGCCGGCAAACGCCUCCUUCUCUGCAGCUCUAUGGUCGGAGAUGCGGAAAAGUUGGCUUCGACAGAUGAGCUUCUCUCUGUUCCACCUGACACGGACCCCACAGUGAUUGUUCCUGAAAGGGUGCAGACGGCUGUGAAGUGGGAACAGGCGGAGGGCGCAGACUGGGACGCAGGUCAGCGGGUGGUUGUGACCCACUUCAAGGAGUUGAAGCAAGUGGUGUGGCAUGGUCGCGGCGACUACAUGGCGGUCGUGGUGUCUGAGGGCCAGAACCGCUCGGUCAUCGUUCACCAGGUGUCCAAACGCCGCUCGCAGAUUCCCUUCAAUAAAGCCAGAGGCCUUGUCCAAUGCGUCCAGUUCCACCCUGUUAGACCCCUUCUUUUCGUUGCUACUCAACGGACCAUCAGGAUCUACGACCUCGUCAAACAGCAGUUGAUCAAGAAGCUGCUCUCAAACUCAGCCUGGAUUUCGUCCAUGUCUGUCCAUCCAGGAGGAGACAAUUUAUUGGUGGGCUGUUAUGAUUGCAAGAGCAUUUGGUUUGACCUGGACCUGAGCGUCAAACCCUACCUGAACCUGCGUCUGCAUUCGGCAGCAGUCAGAAAUGUGGCUUUCCACCCCCGCUACCCCUUGUUUGCCACUGCCUCCGACGACUGCUCCCUCAUUGUCUGCCAUGCCAGAGUUUUCAACGACCUUUUGCAAAACGCGGCAGUGACGCCGGUCAAGAAGCUACAAUACCACACGAGGAAAGACGACUAUGGCGUUUUCUGCGCUGCCUUCCACCCUACACAGCCGUGGCUCUUCUCAGGGGGUGCCGACAAUACCAUUCGAUUGUACACUUAAUGCUUUAAAUAAAGAACAACUUUUUAAUUGGA